GACUAUAGAUAUCACCCGAUUGAAAGUGCAUAUUAGCAAUUUCCCGAUAACUAAACUUUAUUUCGCUUGCUGAAAAAAAAUCACUCUCUCUCUGUUAGUGCGAAAAUUGUUCACAGAAGUUUAAAAAAUGCAACCAUGUAUUGCAAUUGCUUGAAGCCCGUUUCGUCAGUAUUUUGUGAAUUGACGAAAGGAAAGUGUUUAGUUGCGGCUACGUUUGUAUUGCGUUUAGUUAGUGCGAAUUUCAUACAUACGUCACGCGUAUUCAAGAUGUCGGAAGUUGAAAACAACCAAGAAACCAACGGGACGAGUAAUGGAGAUGUGCCUGAAAUUGAAUUAAUAAUUAAGGAAGAAUUUUUGCUUGAAAAUGAGGUUUUGGGAAAUGCGUACGAAAGUGGCGGAGUCAACACAAUGAUAAAUUCAAUCGAAGAAAGUUUACAUGAUCUAGAUGAAAAAGAGAACAUCGUUUACACGACUUUAAAAGUAAAACAGGAACAAAAACCGCGGCCCCAUCUUAUAAACGAGGACAGAAGAACUAUAUGCUGGGAUAAAGCGUCCACUUCACGUAAAAACGUUUCAGCGAAACGUCAUAGUGAGCUUGCCGACGAUGUUGGUCAACUUCUUACUCUUACCCAUUAUGACAAUCAACACUUUCACUUCGAAUAUGUAACACCGAAAGAAGGCGACCACCAGGGACUUACUUCCUCCGGAUCACACAUAACGUCCACGCAGUUAUGCGAUAAGUCGCAUAUGGAAAAUAAUAAUCUUAAUAAUAGAGUUCCAUUGUCGCAAAAACAUAUUGAGGAAGAAGUGACAAUUAAAGGUGAACAAUUAAGAGAAAAUAGCAAUUUAGACUUCGCCGCAAUGGUAGCUGAGGCCUGUGAAGGUAUAUAUGAUGAAAUAGUAAACGACCUGCGCUCAUACAGCAACAUCAGUGAUACUACUAGCUGUCAUGAAGGAAAUGUAGAGUUUUCUGAAUCUGCCGCAAAUAACGCGACGAAAAAGCGAAAGAAACGGCAACAUAACACCGAAGCGGUACAGCUCGCUACAAAGGCUGUAUUGGAAGGUCAAAUGAGUCUGGGAAAAGCCGCUACAUGUUUUAAUGUAGUGCGUUCAACGAUCGCUUCCCGUGUGGCUAAACAUCCCAAACGUAAAAGAGGAAAAGCGAAUAAGGAACUACAAGAGCUAAUUUACAGUAAACUAAAGGCCGGCAUACAAAUAUCAGAAAUAUCACGGUCUUUGCACGUACCCAAAUCUACGGUUCACUUACAUAAAACAAGACUGAAGAAUCAAGGUCUAUUGCCAUCUGUAUGGAUACGGAACGGUAGUAAGGAUAUGGUCGAUCACGGAGUUCAAGAGCGGUUAAUGCAGGCAUAUCGUGGUCAUACAGUUAACGGAAUGUCAGUACGCUUCGCUGCUGAAUUCUAUUCUUUGCCACUUACUACCUUAUGGCGUUAUGUUAAGCGAAAAAAAAAUGCCGCCUCAUUAAAUGUUGUAGACGGUGUCGAUAGCAAUCAACAUCAUUCAGAAGAAUACUCUGAUGAAGAAUCCGCUUCAGAUACUGGUGAAGGAUUGGAACAUGACGAAAAGCCAAAGACGCGAGAAGAAACAGUGGAACAGGAGCUAAUAAACCAACUUUUAGAAUAACGUUCAUUUUAUUGUUUGUUAGAUAUCAAAGAUUGCGUUACUGUUAAAGAAAAAUUUGAAAUAAGACUUUUAAUAGAAAAUAGUAAACAAUUAAAUACCUGGUAAUUUAAUUUAUAUACAGAAGUUUGAGUUCCAAAAUUCUUUGUAGCAAAGUUCAUUCGUUAGGUGGCUGCAUCUUUUAUGAAGGAGUUAUGCAUUUGUGAAAAAUUGUUAAAAAACGUGUCAAAAUAAAUAUUUCGAAGUGAA